CAAAGCGCUAAAGGAAAAGGGGAGAGAGAGAGAGAUAUGUCACCGUUUUUUCGUUGCGCCUUCGCCUCCUCUUCUUCCGCUCUGCCUCCUCUCCGAGCCCGAUCUCUCCCCGCCACCGCCACCGCCACCGCCGCCGCCGCCGCCGCCGCCUCCUCCUCCUCUCCACCGCCGCGAAGGAAAAAUGCGGCGGCAUUUAGAUCCAUGAUUCUCUACGUCUUCCUCCACAUCAUCAUCAUCCGAUGGAGUCCGAAAUUUACGAAGGUAUGAUUCUCACGACGCUCGUCCUCACGUGCGAUCGGCGGAUCAGUCGAUGAUCGUUCGAAUCCUCUGUCUGUUUCGUUCCGUUGAUCGCGACUAGGCGGCGUGGUUAGAUCCAUGGAACGAGGAUGUUGGUUAUGUAUUCGUGCCGAUGUUGUUCUUCCGUGGCAAAAUGUCGUCGAUCGUUGUCUCUGUCUUUUGGAUCUCUUGCUUGAGUUCCGUUCGGCAUUUGGGAAUCUGACGCAUCGGAGACUUUUCGCCAGCUCCUUUUUUUUUCAAUCGAGCCCUUGAGAUUUGCCGCUCUUUCCCCCCUAAACAGCGAGUAAGCUGAGAAUGGCGGUUAAUGACAGAGCAAUUUGGUUCAAAACGUUCAAUUUUUUCUCGGUCAAAUUGGAUUUCAACCUUUCUUAGCCAUAAACGGGAGAAGGACUUGGAGAAAGGGUUGGUUUCGAGGCUCAACCUUAAGCCCCUCUCCAUCCCGGAAUCUUCGCCUAUCCCAGCAUCUCCUUCAGCUUCGGCGACGGCAACACCGACCCUGGUCUUAUCAAAUUCUGGGAAGGCUCUAGUUGUCUCGAAUUCUGGAAAGGCUCUGGUUUUGUCCAACUCCGGGAAGCGGAUUGAUCAGGCUGGCAAAAAGAAAUAUGUGAAGCAGGUGACCGGCCGCCACAAUGACACUGAGCUGCACUUGGCUGCACAGCGGGGUGAUUUGGAUGCCAUCAAGCAGAUUUUAGGUGAAAUUGAUGCUCAGAUGAUGGGAACACUCAGUGGGGCAGAUUUUGAUGCUGAAGUGGCGCAGAUAAGGUCCGCGGUGGUCAAUGAGGUCAAUGAGUUGGGAGAGACAGCACUCUUUGCCGCAGCCGAGAAGGGGCACCUGGCUAUAGUAAAAGAGCUGCUGAAAUACUCAACUAAGGAGGGGAUUGGUAUGAAAAAUGCAUCUGGUUUGGAUCCGCUGCAUAUUGCUGCUAGUAAAGGUCACCAAGCAAUUGUCCAGUUGCUAUUGGAAUAUGACCCUGGGUUGAGCAAGACGAUAGGUACAUCAAAUGCAACCCCUCUUGUAUCUGCAGCUGCGAGAGGGCAUGUAGCAGUAGUUAAUGAACUGCUGUCUAAAGAUUGUAGUUUGCUAGAGAUUUCCAAAUCAAACGGGAAGAAUGCCUUGCACUUGUCAGCCCGCCAAGGGCAUGUUGACAUUGUAAAAGCGUUGCUCGACGAGGAUCCACAGCUAGCAAGAAGAACUGAUAAGAAAGGACAAACUGCACUGCACAUGGCUGUAAAAGGGGUCAGCUGUGAUGUGGUGAAGUUGCUUCUUGAAGCAGAUGCAGCUAUAGUGAUGCUUCCAGAUAGAUUUGGAAAUACAGCAUUACAUGUUGCCACCCGAAAAAAGCGAGCUCAGAUUGUAAACGAGCUGCUUUGCCUUCCUGAUACAAAUGUAAACGCUUUAACCAGAGACCAUAAAACGGCCCUUGAUAUAGCUGAGGGUCUUCCCCUCUCGGAGGAGAGUACAGAGAUAAAAGAAUUGUUAAGUAGAUUUGGUGGUAUAAGAGCCAACGAACUGAACCAACCACGAGAUGAGCUCAGAAGAACUGUUAGAGAGAUCAAGAAAGAUGUUCAUACCCAGCUUGAACAGACACGCAAGACUAAUAAAAAUGUGGAUGGAAUUGCAAAGGAGCUUCGAAGGCUUCAUCGGGUCGGAAUCAACAAUGCAACCAACUCAGUCACCGUGGUUGCUGUCCUCUUUGCGACAGUAGCUUUUGCAGCAAUUUUCACUGUUCCUGGCGGUGAUGACGACAGUGGGAUGGCUGUUGUAGUCAGUACUCUAUCUUUUAAGGUUUUCUUCAUCUCGAAUGCCGUUGCCCUCUUCACUUCUUUGGCGGUUGUGGUAGUACAGAUCACUCUCGUCAGGGGAGAGACCAAAUCCGAGAGGAGGGUUGUUCAUGUUAUCAACAAAUUGAUGUGGUUAGCCUCUGUGUGCACUACCGUGGCGUUUAUAUCCUCGUCAUACAUUGUUGUCGGUCGACACAAUAAGUGGGCUGCUAUUCUUGUGACAGUUAUAGGUGGAAUAACAAUGGCUGGAGUUCUUGGUACGAUGACAUACUUCGUAUUAAAACAUAGACGAAUCCGAUCAGUGAGAAAGAAAGAGAAGUAUUCACGAAGUGGAACGCGCUCAGACCAUCAUUCAGAAACUGAUUCAGAAGUAAAGCCCAUAUAUGCUAUCUGAUGUCAGUCUCUGAAACCAAAGCUGGAGCCAUCUUCUAUAAGGAUCAAGAGUUUUUCACUGUAAAUAUAGCAUGAGGAUGACAAAGUGCUACCAGAAAAAGAAUGGUGGCUUUCUUAUCAGGCACAAGGGUCUUCAUCUCUGGGAUUUCACUUCUUCUUGGUUGGUUGUUGGCACCAGAUGAGUAAGUGCUGCGUUCAUACCGUUUCUAGACAUGCUUCCGCUCACAGUAUACUUUGGUUUCCCUCGAGCGUAAUCAUAUUUUCAGCUAACAACUAUGGAGAACUUUCCCUUAGUGAAAGGAACGCUGAGACGAAUAUCUUAUUAAUUUAUCAAGAGUCCAAUAUAUGAAUUAUAAUUAUGUUA